GAAGGUAUUCUUCAUUUUGUUUAGCAGUUUCGUUGCAAUAUAUCCUGUCCUGGCGAAUUAUCAGCAUUGCCUUUUUAUUUUUUGACUACUCAUAUACCUUAAAAUUGUUCUGUUUCAACUGGUGUCAAAUCAAAGUUAUUCAUGGUUCCACCCCAACUUGAGCAUCUGUUUGAGUAACUCAUUAUGGUAAGUACAUAAAUGACAAAUCUUUGCAGCUAGGCCUAUGAGUCUAUGACUAAGAGUGUAAAUCUUAUGAUCAACUUGCAUGAUAGGAAGUAAAUGCAUAGGUUCAUUAGUAGAAAACUUAGAUGCAAUGGCUGGAUGUAAUUUGUGCUAGGGCUUUUUAGGAGAGCUGAAAACCCCUUUUAGAUAAACAUAGAAGUUUGAUCAAAGAGGGGGUAUUAUUAGUCAUUGCAAUAUCGUUCAUUGUUUCGUUUUGAACUUGAUGUUUGUUUUGUGCUCUCUUCUUUACGAACUUUGUUAGUGUAUAUUCCUGUCCUUGGUUGACAUAACAUAUUUUGUGUAUCUCCCAAUUUCAGGUGUCGUUUUUGCUUGGAAUCAUCACAAUAUUUCACCCUGAACUCAAAUAAUUCUUGUGAUCAUAAUUGCAGGAACAGAAUUCAUGAAGUGUUCUAAUUCUUGACAUGGACAAUGUGAUUACUAUUGACAAUGUGAUAAAAUUUUGUUAGUUAUUUAUUUAUUUAAUAGGCCCUAUUUGGUAUUGUUUUCAUCAUUUAAAAAAAUUCAAUAAGUAGAUUUAAAGUGUUUCAUAAAAAAUAGGUGUUUACCAUUUUUUUUCCCAAACGUUUGGACGAUCAAUUUAUUAUUAUUAUUAUUAUAGCAAAGUUAUUUUUGCGUUGUUAGUUAUUUGUAUAAUUGUUCAAAUCAAUUUGUUGGAAAUUAUUAAUUUCACAGUUCUUUUUUAUGGAUUCACAGCCCUGUCUCUGACACAACCCUCUCUCUCAUAUAGCAGGCUCCACCAUGUGAGAGAGAGGUGCUAUGGAUCCGAUCUGCCAAAGAAAAGUGAAUUUAUCAAUAUCCCAAUUUAUUGUAUCUUGGAGUUUAGAUAGUUGUUUUAAAAUAUUUAGUUAUUUUUUUCCUUUUCCUUCCGCCUUUCCUCUCUCAUUUAGUGUUUUACUGGCAGGCAUUCUGAUAUCAGUUUGGUUGAGUUGGCAAAUGAAACAGUUAAAGAAGAUGACAGAGCCGUUUUAUUGGAGGGGGGAGGUCUCCAGUCAGCUUCUCCUAAAGCUUGGAGUUCACUUGUCACAUCUCACAUUAUUUCUUCUAAUGGAUGAGACUUUCUUGCUAGAAAAUCGAUUGACACUCAGAGCCAUAUCUGAAUUUGGUGUCCUUUUGAUCUACUGUUACUUAUGUGACCGUACAAUUCUCUUCGGUGAAUCAAAAAAGAGUUACAAUCAGGAUCUUUUCUUAUUUCUCUACUUCUUUCUCAUCAUAGUUUCAGCAAUUACUUCUUUCAAGAUUCAUCAUGAUAAGUCACCAAUCUCAAGAAAAUCCAUACUGUAUCUGAACAGGCAUCAAACUGAAGAGUGGAAAGGUUGGAUGCAGGUUAGUCAGUUUUUAAGAUGACAUGUCUAUUUCUUAGAAUUGUCUAAUUUAUUGUUACUUGUUUUCAGUGUAAAAGAAACAAUUUAUUUCCUGUGUUUGUUUCUAGUCUCUUGUGAUUUGUUUGGAAGUUUGAACUCUAAUCAAUAUAAUUCCCUCCCACUC